CACACCAGGCCUGGGUGCCUUGAACAGUGCCAGGCUCCUGGCAGGACGUGGGGUCCGUCAGCUGGUCCCCAGCAUCACUGGUCAGUUUCCAACACCUCCCCCUUUUCUCACUCCUUCUACCCACCCAUUUCUCAGGGUUCUGCCCCAGUCUGGUAGGGAGCUUUGCUUCCUCAGUGUGUCCUCUCAUGGUGCAGAAUCAAAGCCCCACCUUACGGGGAAGGAGCUUUACAUCGUGAUCCGUCUACGUGGUGAAUCAGCCCCGAGGCGGCAGUGGCUGCUGUGGGAUACACAGGACUCCCUGCCAAGGCCCCUGGGUGUGGGCAGUUCCUGAGGUUACAGGGUCAUUUCCCUGCUGGUAGGAGCUGAGUGGCCCCCAAGGCACGGAGACACACCGGCUUGUCCUGUGGCACGAGCAUGACCACUGAGCAGUCCCUGCGAGGCCCACAGCUGCCCCUUUUCCCAGGAGCUGGAUGGCCCCGGCUGAGUGCCAGACCGGUUUGAGGGCCCUGCUUAUCGCCCAAGGUCCCUGAAUGACCAUGUGGGGGUGGGUCUCAGGCCCUGGGGCUGGGCGGGGCUUGGGCACCCCCCCAGGGGAUAAGAAGGGGCCCUCAGCAGAGAGCCCCACAUCUCCCUCCUGACCACAGCACCAUGGCUAGCUUCUGGUUCCUCUGCUGCUUUGCCCUCGUGGGGGCCGCCUUCGGCUGCGGUAUUCCCUCCAUCGAACCUGUGCUGAGUGGCCUGUCCAGGAUUGUCAAUGGAGAGGAUGCUGUGCCCGGCUCCUGGCCCUGGCAGGUGUCCCUACAGGACAACACCGGCUUCCACUUCUGCGGAGGCUCCCUGAUCAGCGAGGACUGGGUGGUCACUGCCGCCCACUGCGGGGUCAGGACCUCCCACGUGGUCGUGGCUGGCGAGUUUGACCAGGGCUCUGACGCCGAGGACAUCCAGGUGCUGAAGAUCGCCCAGGUUUUCAAGAACCCCAAGUUCAACAUGUUCACCGUCGGCAACGACAUCACUCUGCUGAAGCUGGCCACACCCGCCCGCUUCUCCCAGACCGUGUCCGCUGUCUGCCUGCCCAGCGCCCAGGAUGACUUCCCUGCCGGCUCCCUCUGCGCCACCACUGGCUGGGGCAGGACCAAGUACAACGCCAUCAAAACCCCGGAGAAGCUGCAGCAGGCGGCCCUGCCCCUGCUGUCCAACGCUGACUGCAAGAAGUACUGGGGCAGCAAGAUCACCGACGUGAUGGUCUGCGCAGGCGCCAGCGGCGUCUCCUCCUGCAUGGUACCGCCCCACCCCCCAUUCCGCCCCCCGAAGGCUUUCAGCUAA